CCGCGCCCCGCCGGAUACCGCCGCGGACGCAAAUGCCACUCUCACAUCAUGUACGUAUUUAGUACGUGAGCGGUGAAACACGCAAGAUAUCGUUAUAUAUCUAUAUAUCGCGUCUAGUUAAUAAACGUAAUUGGCAGCGUUGAUUCAUCAUUGCUGUGUAGUUCGCGUUCCGAGGCACUUCGUUCUCUAUACACACCCGUGCGGCCCUCGAAAUUGAACCUAUAUCUUUUAUACGCUUUACACUUUAUCUUAUUUAAUCUAAAGCUACCAAAAUGAGUUACGGAUACCAGGGACCACCAUACCCAGGACAAAAUAAACCACCAACCUCAUUUGGACUUCCUCCAGGAACACCCUCAGGUGGUCCAAGCGCUCCGCCUUAUCCAUCUAAUCAACCACCAACUUCCUUUGGCAUGCCCCAGCCAAUCUCUACUCCACCAUAUCCACAAGCAACACAACAACAACCAACUUCCUUUGGCAUGCCACAGCCAAACUCUACUUAUCCUAAUCCUACUCACCCACCUGAGCAUUUUUAUAAUCCUAAUUCUACAUCUGUUCCAAAUUAUCCACCAUCGCAACCAAAUCAAUCAUAUCCAGGAUCACAGCCUCACCAGGCAUAUCCAGGAUCACAACCUCACUCGACCUAUCCAGGAUCUCAACCUCAUCAACCUUAUCCAAGUUCACAACCAGCUUACCCAUCUCCACUAAUGCAACAAUUCCAAUCAGGCCCACCUCAACCUCCUUAUUCAGCGCCAGGUAUGCCUCAAUAUCCACCAACUAAUUCAACUUCGCAAAACCCUCAACCUUAUCCAGGUACUUCCUAUCCAACAAACCCAGCACAAGGUAAUCAGCAUAAUUAUUCUAAUGUGCCCAAUCCUAGUCCUAGAAGUGGUUUAUAUCCUAGUCUAAAUAACCUUGAGCAUGAAUUACCAAACCCUGGCAUGUUACCUAUGCAUGGUAGUAAAACAUCUCCCUACCCGGGCGGAGGGUAUUCUGGGGGCCAAGGUAAUGGAAAUUUUAAUUAUGGAGGACCUGUACCUGCCCCUCGAAUCACUAAAGCUCGAAAUAAGCUAUCUCCAACUGUACAGGAGUUCCCUAACUUUGAUCCUAGGAGUGAUGCCGAAGUCUUACGCAAAGCUAUGAAAGGAUUCGGAACAGAUGAAAAAUCUAUCAUCCAAGUUCUUGCUAAUCGAACUAAUUUACAGCGGCAACAAAUUGCGGAGCAAUUUAAAACUCUAUAUGGAAAAGAUUUAAUCAAAGACCUGAAAUCAGAAACAUCUGGAAAUUUUGAAAAAUUAUUGGUUGCUAUGAUGACACCUUUGCCUCAGUAUUUUGCGAAAGAAUUACAUGAAGCUAUGUCAGGCAUUGGUACAGAAGAGAACGUCUUAAUUGAAAUUCUUUGCACAAUGUCAAACCACGAAAUCCGUAUCAUCAAGCAAGCUUAUGAAUCUAUGUUUGGAAAAUCUUUAGAAGAUGAUUUGAGUGCUGAUACUUCUGGAAACUUUGAAAGGUUGAUGAUUUCUCUAUGUUGUGCUAACAGAGAUGAAACAUUUGAGGUUGAUGCAGCAGCAGCCACCGAAGAUGCAAGACAACUCCUGCAAGCUGGUGAACUUCGUUUUGGAACUGAUGAAUCAGUAUUCAAUGCAGUACUCGCUCAGAGGAAUAUUGCUCAACUACGGGCGAUUUUUGAACAGUAUCAAUACAUGACAGGUCAUGAUAUUGAACAAGCUAUUGAAAAUGAAUUUUCAGGGGACAUUAAAAAAGGAUUAUUAGCUAUUGUUAAGUGUGUUAAGAAUCGAGCUGGAUUCUUUGCUGAACAAUUGUACAAGAGUAUGAAGGGUAUGGGUACCCAGGACAGACGUUUAAUCCGUUUGGUUGUUACACGUUCUGAAAUAGAUAUGGGAGAAAUUAAAGAAGCUUUCCUUCAACAAUACGGACAGUCUUUAGAAAGCUUUAUUUCUGAUGAUUGUAGCGGUCAUUAUAAGAAGUGCCUUCUUGCCUUAAUAGCAUAAACUACAAAAAAUCCAAUUUUACACACAAGUGCAUUUAACAAUCUCUAGGCUGCAAUUUUUUGACUCACUUGAAUAAUAAUUGCUCACAGUGGAUUUAAAUAGCUAUAAAAGUUUGUAAUCUCUAAAUAAAUUUAACAUCUUACAAGCCUAUAUACAAAAAUUGUCUAAUCACAGCUAUGUGUUGUGCAUUAAAAUGCCUUAAAAAAACAAGUAUUAUAAAGACGUUUAAUUUUGAAUUGAAGAGUGGAUGUUUUUGAGAGCUGUGCCAAUACGAAUUUUAACGAUAAUUUUUUAUUGAUACAAUAGAAUAUUGUUUUAAAUGAAUGUUUACAAAUGAUAUAUAAAAUGUUAAAGUUUACUGUACUGCUACAUAACAAUGUAUAUUUUGACAAUGUACAAUAAAUUGCACAGGUUCUGUAAGAGCUAUUUGAACAAAUUAAAAAAAAUAAUGAAUCGAAA